CGCCGCUGUAAUUAUCCCACGAAGAAGAAACGACAGAGACGAUAGAGGGUGGAAAAAAAGCAGAGGAACUACUCCUGUUUACAACAACAUAAUGGAGCCAAAAUGGUCAAAUACCGUCUGCAAGCGUGUUUUACUGACUGGAUUUACGCUAUGUGUUGUAUUAGUCACAAAACCGUCGUCGGCGAUCGACAUAUACGCCAACCCUGAGGUGAUGAUGCAGAACGGCACCACGGGAGUCCUCCGAUGCACCUUCAAGUCGAGCGAAGUGGUCAGCAGCUUAACCUCGGUGACCUGGAGUUUUCAGUCGAGUCAGCCCGACAAUCAGUUCUCCAAAGCUCCGUACACGAUUUUCUAUUUUUCACAAGGGACAGGAUUCCCGGUAACAAACGAGUUCAAAGAGAGAGUGCACUUUAUCGGGGACAUCAACAAGAGAGACGUGUCGAUACAGCUGAGUCCGGCUCAGUUCAGCGACAACGGCACCUUCUUCUGUGACGUGAAGAACCCGCCGGACGUGUCAGGAACUCCGGCUCGAACGGAGCUCAGGGUUGUUGUGAAAGAAUCUCUUCCUCAGAGCAACACGACCGUCAUAGUUGGAGCGGUUUGUGGUGUUUUAUUGGUGCUCGUCCUCAUCGCUGUAGGUGCCUGCAUCGUCAUGAGGGUGCUCCACAACCGCCACGAUUAUGAAGGAUGUACAUCCCUCGAAAGCAUGAGCUCUCAGGCUCCGCAGCCGAGAAAGAAGGUGGAGUCUGGUCUGGAGGGCUCCAAGAGUACCAUUCCCCUGGGUCCACUACAGGGCCCGGUGAUAUACGCCCAGUUGGAUCACUCAGGCAGCAAAAACUCCUUCCAUAAGAUGGAGCCAGUGGUCUACGCUGACAUUCGUAAAAACUGAAGAGGAACCGGGGGACCAAAAGAAAUAAGUAAAACACAGUAAAGUAUCAGACCUCUCUAUCAGCUGCUCUUGGGAAGGGUGGGAUUAUUUCAACAGGGACAAAUAAUCGGUGCAGUUUUAUUUUUUAUUUUUUUCAUCUUUUGUCCUGAAAGCAUGAUGCUGUUACAUGAUAAUGUCUCCAUGUACUUUACCUUUAUUGUAAAGACAAAAAAAACAAAGAAACACUUUAAUGUACACUACAACACUCCAUCACAUCAGCCUUUGAAUUGUUCUCCAAAAACAGGGAUCACAGUAAAAAUAAGAAUACCUUCACAGAUAUCAUUCCACAUGUUAAAAAAGUAUUUUAUUUUAACCAUUGUAGCUUUGUGUCUAAAAGUUCUGCAGGCUGUUGCACCAUCUGAAAACAGCUCAAAAUAAGGUCAUCCCAUGGACAUUGUUCACAUUUUUAAAAAAUCAUAUUUUAACAAGCAAAUGUUUGAUCCAGUGCCUGCAAAUAAAGGUGAUAUAAAAAACAUCCAAAUUAGCUUUUCAGUCAUUUAUUUUAACAACAAUAGUAAUACAUAAUAUUCUCCUGUGAGAAAAGUAGUCACAACCUUAGCUUCAGAAGCUAGUAUUUCCCUCUUUAUUAGGAAUAACUUCUUGAGGAUUUGAAGCUGCGAUAUAUGGAGGAAGUUGUUAAUUUGAAUUAUGAAAAUGAUUAUGAAAGGUCAAUUAAAUGUCAUUUUUAUGACCAUAUGACCUGUUUCAAUAGGGAUCAAAUGUUUGCUUGUUCAUAUAUGUUGAAAACGCUAAAAAGAAUUACCAUGGCUGUACUUAUAACUAAGUCGGCAACACAAAUAAAGGUAUAUGCAGAAAUUAACAUUUUAUUGACAGCAAUAUUCAAGUAGAACAGGUGUUGAUUUUCGCCAGGUGUGAUGCGUUUGCAAAGUUUAGUUGUUUUUGAGCAUGUUUAGGCCUUCAAAAAUGCAAUCUUAGCAUCACAAGAAUAAUUCUUAUGAUUACAAUAGGCUUCGCACACUAGUGCUCGGGCCCUAAAUAAAAUUUAACCGAACUAAUCAUAUUGCGAUAUAAGAUUAUAUCGCGAUAAUUAUCGUUUUCAUUUUAUCGCCCAGUCUUAGUAACAUUUAGGGUAAAACCUGUUUCUAUACAAUUACAGCCUGACUUUUAAGAUAUUCUAACUGACCUGUGGUUAUCAUUUAAUUACGCUAUAAUUUUCUAUCGCAGUAUAGACUUUAUUGCAGUAUAAUUGCAUAUAGCGAAAAAUUUGUACAAUUGCAGCCUGACUUUUAAGACAUUCCAACUGACCUAUGGCUGUCCUUUUAUAUCACAAUAUAAUAUUAUGUCGCAGUAUAAAUGUCAUUGCAGUGUAAUUUCAUAUUGCGAUAACAUUUGUGCAGUUACAGCCUGAUUUUUAUGACAUUCUAACUGAGCUACGUUUAAAUUUACUCACAGCUGGUGCAACAGUGAACAGUUCAUCUCCACCGUUUGGGCAGUUCCAUAGUGAUUUUGUUUUGUGGGGGGCAAAUAAUGUAGAGUUAGAUUUUUACAUUGCCUUCAAGUAACUUUGCAUGCAGUUAUAAUAACAUCUACGAGCUGAAUUUGGUACUCGUUGUCGACUAGUUGUAAAACAGAAGAAAAACCGUCUGACGUUGUAUUAACUGUGAAUGCUUCAGUUCUGUGUAAAGUUUGGGCAUGAUGUUAUGGUACCUUUUUUUAAAGACACUGCCUCCUUCUUUUUGAUUUUCACCUCAGUUGAACAUGUUAUAUUUCUGCCUGUGUUUUUUUUUAAAGCAUCUGCAUUUAUCUUAACUUUUAAAAAACUGCAUAUGGACAGAUGAACAAUGCAACCUGGGGAGAGUUUUGUGUUCUGCCUGGUUAUAAUUUGAAAUAGUUAAAAAAAAAAAAAAAAGGUUUGCUGCUAUAGUAGCAAGUCCCUGGGCAGUUUAUUUUCCAGCUUUAGUUUUGUAAUUUUGAAUUAUGCAUGUUAAUAAAACAAAAUGUUCAACUGAGGUGAAAUGUGUCCUAUGAAAACAUGGGAGCUCUUAUUUGUUGGACAGAAGAAAUGCUAAAUACACUGUUUGCAUGCAAUUUACUAACAUAACAAACAUUAUUAUGAAAAUAUCCAUCCUUUUUUCAUCUAUGUAUUAUGUAAAGCUCUUUUUUUCAAACUAAUGGGCCAAAUAUCUAAUAUCAACAGUAAUAUUAGGUAAGUUCUUUUUCAGAUGCUUUUAAGCUUUAACAUGCAUUCCAAAUUUUUAUGAUUCUUUUCUUUUGUCUUGAAGCAUUUAAAAGCCAAAAUCCUGUCUUAUUACUUUGUUUGUUAAUGGUGCGGUUACCUAUGAGAAUGAUAUUUGUCUUGCAACCAGUCUAAAAUGCCUUCAGCUUCAGCUUGUGAUUCCGAAUGCAGUAAAUUUCUAUGUUGACCAGUAUUUGUAUAUAUUUCUUGCUCAUGUAAGAUAUAGUGCUGUUUACUGUAACUCAUUCCAGUGUGGUAUGGCUGUGGAUGUUUUUCCAGAGAGGGGAAAGUAGUUUGCUGUAGAGGUCUAGAACGUUGGUGGCAUGCGUAAUAUUUUUCUCUCUCUUUUUUUUUUUUUAGUCUUAAUUAUUUGUCACCAGACAUGCCAAGUGUUUACACAGUGCCUGCAGGAAGUGUUGAACCUGUUAGAUCAAAAUGGCUUGAAUUAAACUUUGUUCAGUCUACAGUGUGCACAAAAAAAACACCAAAUUAAUCUGUCGUCUCUUGAGCUUAAAGUCUACGUUUGUUUCAGUGCCACGUUCAUAUUAAAUUGGCUAAUAUUUUAAAAUACAUCCAUGAUAGAAUAUAUGACACAACAAUAUUCCGUCCUUAUCCUUGAUGUAUUGAUUGUAUUUUUUUAAAAUAUAUCAUGAAUGUCACUGAUAAUGUAGAUUUGUCUGCUAGUUUCAGCGGGUUUACACACAAUAUGUACCUUACAAGACUAAAAGUCUGUCACCAUAAUCGCCAUUCAGGUAUCAAAAUGUUCAGCUCAUUCAGGACAUUCCUGCUUGUAUACAACUUUUUGUACUAUUUAUAAUUUUUGUAUACUGUCUAUUGCACAGUCCUUCAACUUUUUCAGAAAUGUUUGUGCUUCAACUCUUCUCCUGCCCACACCUUUCACUUCUCACACACAGUUUAUACCUCGGAUUGUAGAUAUUUUUGUGCUCUGUCACACAGUGUAACUCCCUAAGCCAGAGGAUUCACGGUUUUUGAGGUAGCAGCCUCUGAUCACCAAGAGGAUCCCUCACCUGCUCCAUUAAUCUCCAUGUUAUCUGGCUCUCUCUCUCUCUGUUCAUAAAACAGCCAAACCAGGCCAGUUUUUAAACUGCCAUCCUGUGGUCAUUUUUCACUUUCAUCUAGACAAAUGACACAUGUCUGUGUUCAGUAAAGUCUCCUGGUGCUGGUAGUCACCUCAUUUCAUUGAUAGCAGCUUUGCUUUUUUAAUCAAUAACACAAAUUCCAGAGGCGGGUUGAGCCACCUCUCAGUACUGUGUGACUGGGAGUGAGGGCCAGCUUACUGCAGGUGAUGGACAUCUGGUCAUUAAGACCUCCUCUGCUCUCUGUGCUGUUCACACACACACACACACACACACACACACACACACACACACACACACAUACAAC